CUUCCACCUUCCGCUCUCUUUUGUGCCUGGACGUCCUCCUUGGGCUCCGGUGCAGGUCGCUGGCUGUAGGUCGGGGAGGUGUCGUCCACUGCAGGUGGGGAUCCUGUCCUGCCUAGUGGACCGUGGGGGUGUCGCAGUGUGCCAUGUCAGUUUGGUUGCUGCGGCAGUGGUUCAUCCACUCAAAAGCUGGUUAAUGGGGGCACGGAUGGUCCUGUGGGACCACCCUGGGUCCCGGGGGGAUGGCAGCGGCCCCCUUGCUGAAGCUGCGGGAGGAGGGAUGGACUGUGCUGCGUUCCCCCUAUUGGCCAGGGAGGGUCCGUGGACCUGGGGCGGACCCUGCGCAGCAUUUCCACUUGUUUGCAGGACUAUCACACAUCUGAUGGGGUUCAAUUAGACACACUCAAGUAGAGAAACUAUCGAAGCCAGUAUUAGCGAUCAGGCAGCAUAGCAUAGAAUAGGAUGUCAAUAUAUCCGCACUUACAAUUGAUUCACAUAAUACUGGCUUCUACAUCUCACACUGCUGAUUUGUGUAUGCUCCACCCCACCUAAUUACGUCUCUUUCUGACUAUUCCUCCUUUUUCUCCUCUGUCAUCAGGCCUCCAACAUGGUGUCCACCGGAAAUAGAAUUAUUUUACCAUAGCACUUCUAUAUUCAUAGUUUGUAGGCAUUUCAUGUAUUUCUUGUUGUUGUUUGUUCUUCUCUUCUGUCCCUGUCUUAUUUUCUAUUUUCCUUUCUGUCCCCACUUUACCCCUUCCUGCUCGCUGCUUUCUCCUAAUAAACGAAACACGAUGAAUAAUCACAAUGGAAGUAUAUCCUACUCCCAUUUGAUACUUUAAAACUGUUUAGACCAAUAGGACACUCAGACUCCCAUUUUACAUGUCAAGCAGCUCAACAGGACAGGUUUGUGUUUUCUUAUGGUCGCUUUAAAGCAUUUUUUAUCUGUUGACCACAUUAGUCAUGUGGUAUAUUUAAACCACCCUUAUACAAUAAGUGUAAUUAUAGUGUAAGCGGUGUAUUUAAACCGCCUUUUUACUAAUAGCAGUGUUGUUUUUGGCAACCUUUUUAAUUUUAGUCUGUCCUUUGGACGAAAAUAAAGUCUUAGCCCUAUUUUAUUCAUUUCAAAAUGUGUUUGUGUUCAUCUAGUUUUAGUCAACAUUUACUCAAUAUUUUCAUCUGUAAAAUUCGAAAGUUGCACUCCAAAAAUAAGAAAUAAAAAAAAGGUUUCCAACUAUUUCAAAUGAACAUUGACAGACGAGCACAUACUGUAGCAUCUAUAAGCGUCUACAAAUCUAUCACGUGAUAAUACACACUCAGCAGGAAAAUAGUACUGGGUGUUCCAAAAUGGUUGACCCCAUUCUAAAUGCCCAUGUCUCGGAAACUACUUGAUGGAUCUUAAUGAAAUUAAAUACACUUUAUGUUGAAGGUAAUACAUUUUAUGGGUUAAAUAAAAAAAAAAAAAAGAACAAAUAUUUGUUGGUCCUAUGAAAGAUUUUCAUAAAUGUUCAAUAUGAGUGCUGCCUGUCACUGCACACAUCGAGUCGGUAUUCAAGCUCAUGCCAAACUCGAAACUCAAACUUGAAAUUUUUGGUGCCAAGUCCUAAUUUGUUUUGUACUUGGUGCCUUUUUUGCAAAAUUUGUGAAGAAGGCACGCUGCACUGUCUUCGGCGACUGAGUCCGAGCAUACUCUAACACACAAAAUGCCUUUUCUUUUGAAGUGAAUGGCAUUUGUUAACCUGAAAAGAUAGAAACGGUAAACGUUACAUACAAAAACCUGAGACGUUUCUACACAAGCUGUGAACAUUUGCGGUCAUUCUAACGAAAAUUGUCAAAAUUAUUGGCCUACGAAAUGGGGUCAAACAUUUUGGAACACCCUGUACUUUAUUUUCAAUUAACUGUACCCCCCUGGACGCAACGAACCGUAUAUAAAAAUAGUCAUCCAAGAACUUAAGAGGACGCUCGUCGUUGGCAAAAGCCUAUUACUAAUGUGAAUGCUAUGCUAAUGCUACGAGUGAAAUUUAGUGCGUGAUGACCAUUCAACACAGACCUUUAAAGCCUAAAUCAACAUUGCAUAUUCUCUCUCGCCAAGAUAAGAAGACAACCUUACCGUGAGGACACAAGUGGGUGAGUUGGGGGGGGGCGUAACACGUCACAUGAGUGACACAACCAGACAAUGCUACGAUGCAGGCUAACUAAAAAUAAAACACACAUUGUGAACAUGUUCCGGAAACUGGCGCAUUUUUGUCUUGGUCUCGUCUCUGUUACGUCCGCGAAUAGGGAAACAAGGUUGGACCAUGCAGCAGACAACAAGCGGGGAUGGCGUACAAGGGUUUAUUAAUCACAAACGAAAAACAACACAUGAUUGCGGAAAGGUAGAAAACACAAAAAGGGUCCGUGACAGUAGGUCGACGGGGCUUGAGUGUAAACUAAAAUAAUAAUAAAUAAUAAACUAAUAAAUAAUAAACUAAAAUAGGCAGAGAGCAGAAAAAGGCAAAAUAUAAAUACUCAAAUACCUACACAAGCUAGAGAUUCAAAAGAGAGCAGCACACGGACAAAAAUCCUAGGCAGGGGAUACGCGAAUGUAGCGAGGCUAUAGUGCGAGAAUCAAAUGGCGAUCAGCAAAGCAAUAUCUCGGAAGCUUCGGGAUCACCCGUGCUUAAAUGCCAUGUUGAUGAGCUGGCAUUGAGUGCAGGUGGGACGUCAGGAAUGCCCCCACGAUGAGCUCUGCAACAAAACAAUCUAACCAGCAGCAGAGCGAGACGGUCUCGUCGGACAAAAACUGGUAUUCGUGUCGUUAUAUAUUAGCCUAUCAAGACACGUUUCUGUUAUCGUCAUUGUUGACUAAAACAACAUGGAAUCAUAGACUUCAUCAUGAUAUUGAUGGGACGAGGGGCCGAAUAAUAGGGGGCCUGCAUUGUUGGUGUGGCCGUCAAAGCUGACCGAGUGGAAUCCCAGACAAAGAGCUUUUUCCAUUGAAAAUUCAUGUGAAAAAUGCUUAAAUCCCUGAAUUAUUUAUAGAUAUGAACGUAAAACAGUCUGGAUUCUUGGUUAAAAGUAAAAAAAAUAAAUAAAAAAUUGCGCAGUUAGCAUUUAUUUUACGUAAAUAUGUUGAAGUACGAUGCUAGUCCUUUAGUCAAUGCGGCGGUCGCCUUACAACAAAGAGCUUUUUACGUUGGCAAUUCUUGUGAAUAAAUUCUUAAAUCACCGAAUUCUUUAUAGAGAUGAACGUAAAAUAGUCUCGAUUCUUUGUUAAAAGAGCAAAAAACAGGGCAGUUAGCAUUUAUUUUACGUAAAUAUGUCGAAGAAUGAUGCUAGUCUGUUAGACAAUGUGGCGGCAGCCUUACAACAAAGAGCGUUUUACGUUAUAAAUUCAUGUGAAAAAACGAAAAAUAUAAUAAUUACCUUGAAUCCUUGAACAAAUCACUCCUAAGACAAUCCUUCCUCUUCAUAUGCGGUACAGCUUUCGUACUCUUUCAACCUAAAUCUGGUGUUGGAUCGCUGCAUGUGUCGCUGUCACCAACUGCGAAUAACUGAAGCGGAUUUUGGAAGACGUGGCGUAGUGAAGGUCGAAUCAGACCCGUCAAUAUCAUGUUCAUAUUAUGAAGUCUAUGGCUGAAUAAUAGUAAUAUCAAUAUUACAACUUUUAAUUAUUUUCUUAAGGCAUUUUUUAAGCUUAGUUUUUUCUGUAUGCAUCUAAACAAAACAAGCUGAUAACGCACGGUAGUACUUAGGGUGUCAAUUUUGCCUUUGGUAGGACAUUUCACAGGCGUAGGAUAUUUUGGCAUAACACCAGUUAAAUUAAUGAAUGUGCAUGGAUUUAUAUAAUAUUGGGUUAGCCCUAACCCUAAACCCUAACCCAGAAAAAAAGUAUUUUUUUCUAUAGUUGUGUGUUGUCACAGUUUUCACUUGUAAACUCAUGCAUUUAAUGAAGAUAUAAAAACAGCCAUCUUCCCCUCUGCUUUUCCUGGACAUGUGUGACCGCAUCAUCAAUGACUGGAAACGAGUCUUCUCUGAUUAAUGCAGAUGCCAUAGGAUUUCUUUUUGUAUGCUAUUUGAUCAUUCGGCUUACAUUGAAGGGCAAAACUCAGUUUAUAGUAUUGUUUGACUUCGAACUAAAUGAAUUUUGUUAUCAUUUCUGGAAGUAUUCUGACACAUCUUGUACUGCUUUACAUAGGAUGGCUGUGGCAGCGCACGGAGACUUUCUCUUUGAACAGGAGAUCAGCUGUUAUAUUUGUCUGGAAGUGUUCAGCAAACCUGUGACAACGCCAUGUGGACACAGUUUCUGUAAAGCUUGUCUUUCUACCUUUUGGGACAAAGGAGGCAAAGCCAAAGUAUACCAGUGUCCCCUUUGCAAUGCAUCAUUUCACAAACGACCAGAACUUCAUGUAAAUUAUGCUCUCAAGGAAAUCACUGAGCAGUUCAAAAGAAAUGCCAACACCGCUGUUGUCGCAAAUGAAGAAGGAAAAAGUGGAAAAGAAGAUACCGGCCUGUUCUCCUCCAUGGGUCAGUCAGGGAUAUCAGACGGUUUGGUCACUGAGAUAAUGUGUCGAUUUCAGCGGUUGUCAACUCCUGAUGUGUCCCAAAGCACCAGUAAUGCCCACCCGUCUAUGGGUGUGCAGAUAAAUGAACACAAAGGGCCUCCUCCACCGUACUCAAGUUUGAGCAGGAACCCUUUGAGCUCCUCUCCUUUGUCAGCUAUGUGUCCAAUCCACCAAAGACUUCGGGAGUUGUUCUGCCGAACUGAUACCAGACGUGUGUGCAGCAUCUGUGCAGAGUCAGAAGAGCACAGAGGACAUGACAUCAUUCCAUUCAAGAAAGAAUUGGACAUUAUGAAGUCCCAAUUAGGUAAUGUGGAGAAGCAGCUGAUGGACCUAAUCGGCAAAAGAGAGAGGAAAUCUCAGGAAAUAAACAAUUCCCUGUUGGGCAUUGAUGCUGCUGCUGAGAGAGAGAUAGAAAGAACAGUUUCGGUGUUUUCGAAGCUCAUCUCAACUGUGGAACAAUGUCAAGCUCAAGUCCUAGAGUUGAUAGAGAUGAACCGCAGAACUGCCCAACAUAGGAGUCAGGGCUUACUAACAGCCCUUGAAGAGGAGAUGGCAGAGCUAAAGCAGAGGAAAGCGUCACUCAGCCAACUUGCUUUGGAAGGAGACCCCAUACUUUUUCUACAGAUGUUCCCUUCAUUGUCUGCACCACCACAACUGACGGAAAGCGCAAAUGCCCCAGUGUCAUCUGAACUGACGACAUUCAUGAUUCUAAAUUCUGUUAGCCAAAUGACAGAGCAUUUUCAAGAAGAGAUCCAAAACCUUCUGAAGGACUGGACAAAAAUGGUUCAGGAAUAUGCAGCAAACAUAACACUGGACCCAGAUACAGCCCACCCUCGUCUGAUCAUCUCCGUGGAUAGGAAGCAGGUCUUCUGUGGUGAACACCAUCAGUCUUUACCUGAUAAUCCAAAACGCUUUGAUCGGGUGGUGUGUGUGCUGGCUCACCAGGGAUUCAAUUCAGGACGGCAUUAUUGGGAGGUGGAAGUGGGUCAGAAGACUGACUGGGAUUUGGGAGUAGCCAGUCAAUCCAUUAGACGAAAGGGCAAAAUCACCGUAAGCCCUGCUCACGGCUUUUGGUUCAUGAGUCUACGAGACGGUAUCAACUACACUUUCCGAACCGACCCAUCAACAGUCAUUCAAGUUAAGCCCAGACCAUCACGUGUCGGAAUAUUUUUGGACUGUGACAACGGAGUUGUGUCUUUCUACAAUGUAGAGGCUAAAUUACUUAUUUACACCUUUAGAGGCGAUUUCUGUGACACAGUCCAUCCAUUCUUCAGUCCCUGUACAAAUAAAUCAGGGAAAAAUGAGCUGCCUCUCAUCAUUUGCCCUUUUCUAACGACAACAUAGAAUUCAGAUUGAAGUUUUCGUGCAGUGCAAACCUUGACCAAGGCCACGAACUAUACACUCUGAAAUAUACAUAUAAUGCCACCAUUGUCAUUAUUUAAAAAAGAAAUAAAGUCACUCCAUCUACAUGUGCACACAGACUUCAUAAUGUAUUGACGGCUCAGAUCGGUCAUGCACUGCGCCUCGCAUUCAAGUAGGGGGCCGCCCACAUCAAGAGGACCUAUUCACAAACACGCACACAGCGAGCUAACGCCGGAUUUCUGUUGAAAUCUGUAGUACGACAGCUGUACCUCAUACAAACAGGAAGGAUUGUUUCAGGAGUGAUUUGUUGGAGAAUUCAAGGUAAUUAUUAUACUUACGUGUAAUAAUUACGUAUAAUAAUACGUACCAUGCAUGCAUUUUGAAACGUUGUGAAAAAAAAUCAAUGGGAGAAAUUAGCCGCUACUGCAUUGGCAUCAUAGUUCGCAAUAUUUACGUAAAAUAAAUGAUAACUGCGCCGUUUUUUGCUUUUAACCAAGAAUCGAGACUGUUUUACAUCCAUAUCUAUGAAGAAUUUAAGCAUCUCUUCACAAGAAUUUUCAUUGGAAAAAGAAUUGUUUACAUCAGGCGGCCGCUAGCUACAGUCACAGACUAGCAUUGUGCUUCGACAUAUUUACGUAAGAUAAAGGCUAACUGCAUGUUUUUUUUUUGUUUUUGUUUUUAUUUUAACCAAGAACCGAGUCUGUUUUACGUCCAUAUCUAUAAAGAAUUCGGGGAUUUAAGCAUUUUUUUCUCAAAAAUUUUCACCGGAAAAACUCUGUUUUCAUCAUGCAGCCGCUAGCUACAUUCACUGAGAGACUAGCAUUGUUCUUUGACAUAUUUACGUAAAAUAAACGCUAACUGCACUGUAAACAAUACUAUUCCCUGAUUGAUUAUAUUAAGUGUGUUAGAGUAAUACAAAGAGUCAAUCGGUAAAUACGAGAAAAGAUACUAUUCCCUUCACAGCUUUGGGUCUGGUUGGACUGUUUCCUUGUACGACUGAAGAGCAGACGCAGACAUCUGACAUGGAUAAAGGAUAGCUGUGCUCGGGUUUGGCCCACUUCAGGGUGAUAUUGUCUCAGUUAAUAAAUGUUUGUGUAUGCAUUUGUCAUUAAGUUUAGAGCUACGGUUUGUGGAGUUGUGUGAGCGACUUGCCAUGACGGUUGUAAAUACGUUAGCAUUCGUAGCAUUUGAGAUAGCGAACAUUUGUUAGGCUAAUUUAAUCUACUAAAUCUACAUAUUGAUCAGACUGGAUGGAUGUCGAACACCAAUUAUUUUGUGUCAAGUGUUUUAUGCUUAAAAUGUGUGUUGUUUUAAACAUAAGUGUAUAUAUUUGUGUUGCAGCUUUACAAAUUGUGAAAAGUCGAGGAAGUUAAAAGCUUCAAAAAACACAAUUGCCUUGUUUGGUGUCUGUCAAGCUGAACAGCUUCACGUUUAGUGAAGACAGAACAUGUCAUAUUAAUAAAGUAAAAAAUAGCGUACUGUGAGGUACAAUAAGGUACUGUUUAUGCGACUACAGAACUGUCAUAUUAAAAGCAAAUAUGUGCCCUUUCUUGACUGUGUGGAAGUUGCCAUUUACAACCUGUUGACAGUGAUUGUUAUGUACUAAGAUAUCUCCAUUCUAACAUUUUGUAUCUAAUGAUGUGAUUUUCAAGUCAUCAAUAUUUCAUGAUUUUUGUGUGGACUUGGAAUGUUCUUUAUUUCUUUGUCUUGAUGUGUACUUUGUACAAUGAGUAAGAUUUGGUAUGAAAAGUGGAGAUAAAACUUUAAAAAAUAAACUCACCAGAUU